UUUGUCCGAAACUCAGCUGUUUUCGGUCUGUAAAAUUUUGUACAAAACUCGUGUUGUACAAAAUUAUCUGAUUGACGUAUAUUUUAAAAAUUUGCGACGUUUAUACGAUAUCUAACUAAAAUUCAUAACUAUGGCACUAGCACCUGGCGUAAAAGAACGUUUAGAAACUGUUUACGAUAUAGCGAAGACCACAUUUCACUGGGGAUUUAUUCCGAUGGUGCUCUAUUUGGGUUUCCGAAAAGGCGCUGAACCCGGCAUGCCACCUCUGUCUGUGCUAAGCUUACUUUGGCAAUAAAAUUAUCGACAGAAAUUAUGUGUACAUAUUACGGGCGGGUUUCAUAAUUCAAAGCCUUGCGAAAUGAAAAUGUCUCACUGUUGACAUUGAUUGUUAUACUCGCAUUGCAAUAUAGGAUUAUAUGUUUCAAAUAAAAUUUUGAAGUUAUUCAUAAAA